CCAAUCAAAAGUCAGGAUUGACCCCAGCGUUUCUGCUGUGGAAGGAAGGCUCUGGCGCUAGCGCGUAGCAAAGAAGCGAUUACAACAUUAAUGCAGGUUAAUACAGUAUCGUUGUGAGCAUUCAGGGCAGUUAUUUAUCGAGCUUUCAUCAAAACCAAGUCAGCGAAAAGCUCCAUUUGCAUGAGGAACGUGUGGGAUAGUUUGCUAAUGUCAAUGCUAUAGUAGCUUAUCUGGCUCGUCUCUAGUUUUUCAUUUCUCGGUGAUUAGGAAAUACUGUAUCAGUGAGACAUCAGAACAUGACUGUUUCCUUUUAUAUAACAUCAAUAUAUCACAGCAAUAACUGAUAAUAUAGGUUUGCUUUUCGUUUGUAUGCACAGCAGAGGAAUUCACUAUGAACUCGAAGCGCAACAACGGUGAAAACGGGGCGGGCAGAAUCAACCCAGUGUCGGUACCAACAUCAACAAACAGCUCAUCAGCGAGUGCUUCUCACCGUAAACAGACAAUAAUCAACUCAUCCCAUAAGGGAGAGAAGGAUGAGUGCAUGCAAAACAUAGUUUGGGACAAAAACCUGUCCAUCUCCACACUCAGAACGCGCCUCGGACCGACCAUCCGGUCAACUCUGUCCGCGGCGGUGGACACCCUUCUGGGCGAGAUCGUGGCGGUGCUGUCCGAGACCCAGCGGGAGCUGCUGACCAAAGAGCAAGAGAACGAGAAGCUGAAGGUUCGACUCGAAGUCUCAGAGAGAGAGCUCAAGACGUUACAAGAGUGUCUGUGUAGCGCACAGAAAUUAAUUGACCAGCUUCAGGGUCCAUUUGGGAACCCGCCCAUGCCGGGUCCUCACGUCUACGCUGCGGCUGGACCCGUAAACUCGAGCCGCUUGACGCAUCGGAGCGCGCCCGAGCCGGAUCCGCGCUGCUUCACUGGAGCUGAACCCGAGUUGAGUGGCGCUCUGGGUGAUGCCAUACACGGCUUUGACUCCAGGGAGGAAUUCAAGAGCUGCCACCUCUCCAUUCAGGCGGAUGGGACGGUGACGAACAGUUUUUAUGACCCUAUAAACGUCCAUUCUUCGAACAUCUGUUCAGAUAUGAACCGACCUGGUGAGAUGGUGGAUGACAGCAGAAGACUCACACAUGCCAGACCCCAAAACCCUCCCUCACACACAAGCUUCUCUGUUAAAGAGGAACAGGUUCCUAACUCUGGACAGAUGUGUGUGCGAGGAAGAGAGGCGCCAACGGAGGCUGAGCACUCGGCACAGAGUGUGUGUGAUCUGGCAUAUGUCCAUGUGGUCGAGGAAGAAGGAGGUUCCCGUUCACACCAUCACCAAUCCAAGCCUACACCACCGCCCCCCUCCAGGCCUCACAGUGGACCCUCCUCCAGUAGUUCCCCAUCACAAGGAACCUCUGGACUUAGGUCUGCCCAGAGGGAUGCUCCUGGUUUGGGUAUGACCACCAGCAGAAGCCCAGGGGUGGGCGGCUCAUCGCCAGAAGAGCCCAUACGACGCUCAAUCUCUGAGCUGAUGGGAGAAGCACCUGGGGAACGUCCUCACUUGUGUCUGGAGUGCGGCAAGACUUUCCGCCUGAUCUCUAGCUUGAAAAAGCACCUGAGGAUCCACACUGGAGAGAAACCAUAUCCGUGCACUGUCUGUGGCCGUCGUUUCCGCGAGUCCGGGGCUCUUAAGACUCACCUCCGCAUCCACACGGGUGAGAAACCGUAUUCCUGCUCCGACUGCGGCACGCAGUUUCGUCAUCUCGAUGGCCUGCGGAAGCACCGCCGCACACACACCGGUGAAAAACCAUACGUAUGCAGCGUCUGCGGGAAAAGGCUCAGCCGCCUGCAGCAUCUGAAACACCACCAGCGCAUACACACGGGAGAGCGGCCAUGUUGCUGCCCACUUUGCCACAGAGGCUUUAAAGAUCCAGCUAGUCUGAGGAAACACCUCCGUGCCCAUCAGGGUGAGCCUGGAGCGGAUGAAGCAAUAGGAAUGACUAGUUUGGGAGAGGGAGAUGGAGGAUCCAUAGAUGAUGAGGAUAUGAGGUUUGGGAUGUGGGGGGAAGAGGAAGGGAAUGAAGGCGAGCCUGUAGUGGAUUGUGUUUAAUCACAGAGUUACAGAUAAAGAAAACAGGAAACACUUUGGUCUUAUUGUUAAAAAAAAAAAAACUCUGACUUAAAGGGACAGUUCACCUAAAAAUGAAAAUUCUCAUAUCAUUUACUCACUCUCAAACUCAAACACCCACUGGCUUCCAUAGUAUGGGAGAAAAAAACUGUUUUGUUACCAACGUUCUUUUGUGUUCAGCAGAAGGAGGAAACUCAUCCAGGUUUGGAACAACUUGAGGGUGAAUAAUGAUUACAAGAAUUUUCAUUUUUAAGUGAAUUAUCCCAACAUUUUUUAAGGGACCGUUGUUGUUGGUUUUAAUUCAAAACCGAAAUGUGGCGGGAACUAUACAACCGAGGUUACAUCUUGUCCUGGAAGGUCUGUGGCAACACUUUCUUGUAGACACUGAUUUUAAAACCUACAACAACAAACUCCUCAUUUAACAAUAUGGUUAUGUAAAUUUAUGACUCAAAUAUCCACUUCAAGUACAUAUAUAUCAUCAUAUAGACAGGGAUCAUGUAGACUUACAACCUUUUUUUUCUACUGUAACUGUAUUUUAUUGUAGGGAGUGUCCAGUGCGACUAACAGGGUAUCAUAUCUGUUACUCAUGUUAUGGGUGUUGUCAUUGGUAUGAUAAUCAUUUUAAUGUGCCCUUUUUUUAGAGAAAGAGCUACUAUAAACACAUUAAAGCCUUAAUUGUGUUUUUAUUGCACAGGCUCACACACAGAUGUGCUUCAACAGCUGUAGACUAUUGUUUUAAAUUGGGUUCUUCACCUCUUUAUCAGUGGGUGUUUGCAAGCUGCAGAAUAUUCAUUCAGUUUACUCUGGGUGAUUGUUGAGUGCAUCAUUAGAUUGAAGAGUGUUUGAAGGUGUUGUGUUUAAGGUGAAGAGUAUCUAACAGGGUGCUGAUCCAAAGAAUCAGAAUUGGGACUGCCAGGGUUAAUUCAGCUGACUCAUCUCUAAAAGUGUAUUUACAUAUCCAACUUAGAUAUGAAUUAAUAUGGAGAUUGUUUUAAAGAGUGAAAGCUUCUUUAGAUUGAGGUAUAAUGAGCCAGCACAGAAAUCAAGCAAACUUUAAAAUUGCUGCCUUCUACUGGAUAUAUGAGGAAAAGACUGCUACUUCCAAGUUGCUUUUAUGGUUGUUUCUCCUCCAGGGAUGAAGACACUAUUUCUGUUGUGGCCAUGCUGUGAAACUGUGUGGUUUUGUGAAUACAUCUUUUUCUUUUCUCUCUUUUUAAAUAUCUCAUGAAAUGCCAUUUUGUACAUUUGACUUGUAUAUUCUGUACAUUGAUUUGAAAUAGGUUAGUCUUAAAAAUUUAAAGUCAGAAACUGGAUCUUAAAAAGAUCCAUGAUAAGUGUUUUAAUAACUCUGAACUAGGUUAGUCUUAAAAAAUUUCAAGCCAGUAACUGGAGCUUUUAAAGAUCCAUGACAAGUGUUUUAAUAUCUCUGAACUAUCUAAACCGUUCACUUUGUUACAAUAUUCUGUAUGUUUCUGUGCCCACAUGUGAUGUUGAAUUUAGAAAUGUUGUUGCAGAUGUUUGAAGGUUGUGGUCCAUCUGUAGUUGAUUUAACUAUGAGUACAACAAAAAUGAUUGUAGUUAUCACUCCAACAAAGCUUCAGUGUAAAAAGAGCUCAUAUUUAGUAAAUGUGCAGAACAGAAUGUUUGAUACCAUGUAAAGACCCAUACUUUUCUUUUUUGCUAGUGUUUAACCAGUACUUUAGACUGGUCUGCAACCUUUAUAAGUGUAAUACUGUAAUACAAUUAAGGGACAGCAACAUUAAGCCAAAUGGAGGAGAAGAUUCUAAAUAGCUGUUUGUAAUGUUUAGUUUCAAUAUAUGGUAUGAUCAAUGUAAUCUUUUAUUCUCCAGAAUUAUAGUUCAUUGUAAGAUAUCAAUACAGAUCAGUUUUCAUAAGAAAUCAUUGAAAUCUAUCUGCUGAGAUUUCUUUUGCUAUAACAUCUCUACUUGCUUAUCAUGUAAUAUGUAUUUUUUCUGUCAUUAUACUCUUUAAUUAAGAAGGGCACAGUCAUCAUCUUCUUGAUAUCUGUAACAAUCAUGUUCACUCAUAUUCAGAAUGAUGUACCAACAGUAUUAUAAUCAUUUACAAUUAAAACUUUUCAAAUAACCAAAUU